AUGGAGACAACGACCACCACUCCUCUUCUCCCCGGUGAUCCUCGCCGAUGCAGCUGGCUCCGCCGUCGUCUCCGCCUCAAAAACCCUCUUUCCUCUGAACUCUCCGGUGCCGUAGGUGAUCUAGGCACCUUCAUCCCAAUCGUCCUCACACUAACCCUAGUCUCCAAUCUCGAUCUCUCCGCCACCCUAAUCUUCACCGGAUUCUACAACAUCGCCACCGGCCUCCUCUUCGACAUCCCCAUGCCCGUCCAGCCUAUGAAAUCCAUCGCCGCCGUCGCCGUCUCCGAGUCCCCACAUCUAACUCCCUCUCAGAUAGCAGCCGCCGGAGCCUCCACCGCCGCAACGCUCCUCCUCCUCGGCGCCACCGGAGCCAUGUCUUUCCUCUACAACCUCAUCCCUCUCCCUGUCGUCCGCGGCGUCCAGCUUUCUCAAGGUCUUCAAUUCGCCUUCACCGCCAUCAAGUACGUCAGGUUUAAUUACAACACUGCCACUCUCAAACCCUCUUCCUCUCCCCGUUCCUGGCUCGGCCUCGAUGGCCUUAUCUUGGCUCUAGCUGCUCUGCUCUUCAUUAUACUGUCCACCGGCUCCGGCAGCGACAGAGACGUCGUCGUCGAAGAUGCCGAGAGUUCCACCAACGAAAGCCAAUCUCGCCGGAGGAGACUUCGUCUUCUGUCUUCGAUUCCUUCUGCCCUAAUCGUGUUCUUAGUAGGGUUAGUGCUCUGUUUCAUACGGGAUCCGUCGAUUUUCAAAGACCUAAAGUUUGGUCCAUCGAGAUUCAAGAUUCUGAGAAUCACUUGGGAUGAUUGGAAAACCGGUUUUGUAAGAGCAGCGAUUCCUCAGAUUCCAUUGUCUGUGUUAAACUCAGUGAUCGCUGUUUGCAAACUAUCUAAUGACUUGUUCGACAAGGAACUCUCAGCGACUACAGUUUCCGUCAGCGUUGGUAUGAUGAAUUUAAUUGGUUGUUGGUUCGGUGCUAUGCCGGUUUGUCACGGUGCUGGCGGUUUAGCGGGUCAGUACCGGUUCGGUGCAAGGAGUGGUUUAUCGGUUAUCUUUCUCGGGAUUGGGAAACUUGUUGUUGGUCUCGUGUUUGGAAACUCGUUUGUGAGGAUUCUUAGCCAGUUUCCGAUUGGAAUACUUGGUGUUCUGUUGCUAUUCGCGGGCAUUGAACUCGCCAUGGCUUCCAAAGACAUGAACACGAAAGAAGAUUCCUUCAUCAUGCUUGUCUGCGCCGCCGUGUCCAUGACCGGCUCCAGCGCCGCCUUAGGGUUUGGGUGUGGAGUUGCUCUUUACUUGCUACUCAAGCUAAGAACGUUAGACUCUUCUUCGGUUACUCUGUUUUCCCGGUCGAACGAUGGAUCGCCGGUUGAUUCGGAAGCUGCUCCCUAA